GAAUUGUCUGGAAAACCCAUUUGCGUGACAUUGUCCUUAGCGGUUCUCUAUUGUGAUCAAAAUAGCAAAAAGUGAUUCUCCAAUAAGUCGAAAUAAUACAAGAGAUAUAAAGAUAGGAAAACGUCGGAUAAAUUCGUUGUAAACAGAGUUACGAUGUAUUUGCAACAGUGAACAAAAUUCACGUUUUCGUGUGUGUUGUUUCGCUUCAUAGUUAUUUUGCUGUUUUAUUAUGCGUUCUCUAACUGCGGUACACGGGGUGGAUCCCUUGCCUGAUUUGGGGCUCACAUCUGGGAUACAGGUGGACGACAACCCCGAUGCAGACAUGGCCGGGGCGCAAGAUACCAUUUACUUGUGUAACUUUCGCGUCUCAGUUGACGGCGAAUGGCUCUGUCUGAAGGAACUGCACGAUAUGGAAAUGCAGAACUCCUAUUCUGCCCAGUCCGAUAACGGGGGUAUUACGUCUCCAGAUGAUCCCAUGCAUUCAUUGAUGGCUCGAGACCCAGUAGUGAUAGAACGCAGCAAUCUCGUGAACAUCUCGAAGCUGAUUGUGAAGGAGUUGAUUGAGCAAUCUCUGCGCUAUGGCCGGAUGUUGGACAGCGACCACUUGCCGUUGCAUCACUUCUUCAUUGUUCUGGAGCAUGUCAUGCGUCAUGGGCUCAAACCUAAAAAGGGUUUGCUUGGUCCAAAGAAGGAACUGUGGGAUAUUCUACAAAUGGUCGAGAAAUAUUCACCGGAAGCGGCCGACAUCACGGCUAGCAUCAGGGACUUGCCCACUGUCAAAACUGCCAUGGGACGCGCUAGGGCAUGGCUUCGCUUAGCGCUAAUGCAGAAGCGGCUCGCUGAUUACCUCAGGAUUUUGUUGGAACAUCGCGAGGAAACGCUGGAGGAAUAUUUCGAACCACACGCAUUGAUGCUAAAUGAGGAAGCCGUGAUCAUAACAGGAUUACUUGUUGGCCUGAAUGUUGUUGAUUGCAAUUUAUGCGUUAAGGAAGAAGAUUUAGACAGCCAGCAAGGCGUGAUCGAUUUCUCCCUGUAUCUGCGUGGGAGCAACUCAUCUAACGAUUUGACCGGCAACGGAAACGGUAACAACGAGCCGAAGCAACGUCACAUCAACACAAUGUUGGACCAAAAGAAUUACAUCGAGGAGCUGAACAGGCAUCUCAAUGCAACAGUGACAAAUCUUCAAUCAAAAGUCGAAGGCCUGACAACAACGAACGCUUUGAUGAAGGAGGACUUGGCAAUCGCAAAGAACACCAUGAUUCAGUUGGUUGAAGAAAACAAUCAGUUAAAGCAUGCUUUAGGUCAGGACUUGUCCAAAGAUAGCAGGAUGAAAGUGAUGGAAAUGCAAGCUGAGGAGGAGGAGAAAAGAAGUGUAAAGAGUAACACUUCUGACAAAUACAAGCAUGAGAAGGAAUCUGAACUCGGCAAGAGUUUGGAAGAAGAGAGGAAGAAAAACUUGGAGUUGCAGAAAGAGUUGGAUUUGCAGAUAUCUCUUAAAGCUGAAAUGGAGGUAGCAAUGAAACUCCUAGAGAAAGAUAUUCACGAUAAGCAGGACACGAUUAUAUCCCUCAGACGACAGUUGGACGAUAUCAAACUUAUUAACCUGGAGAUGUACAAAAAGUUGCAGGAAUGUGAAAGUUCCUUGAAACAUAAAACAGAGCUAAUAGCCAAAUUGGAAGCAAAGACUGAAUCAAUGGGCAGCACGAUACAUCAGCUUGAUGAGAAGUUACAGGAAGAUAAAAGUACACGAAAGAAUCUAGAAGAUAAUUCAAGAUCCCUGGGACAGAAGGCAGCGACUGCUGAAACUAGAGCCAUCGCCGCAGAGGGAGACCUGAGAAUAGAACGCGAAUGGAGGAUAUCACUUCAGGAAUCAAUGAUGCGAGAUCGUGAUAAAAUAUCAAUACUCACCCAAGAAGUGGAAUCGCUUAAAUCUAUAGGACAGAAAUAUAUAGCACUACAAGAAGAACAACAUCAGCUUAAACAACAAUACACAGAAGCUCAGAGAACUCUUGAAGAAGUUGGGGCCACUUUGUCUGAAAACAAAUUGCAGCUUGCCGAAUUGUUAGAGAAGGAGGCUAAAUCCACCGACGAGACUCCUAAUUGGACGAGUGACAAGGACGCAGUAGCCUGCGCCGCGUGUGCUAAGGAAUUUAAUAUUGCAAGGAGAAAACAUCACUGCAGAAGGUGUGGCCAUAUAUUCUGCGGUGCGUGUAGUGAAAAGACAGUUGCUCUUGUGGGCAAUACAAAACCUGUACGUGUUUGUGACGCUUGUUUUGUAGAAGUAAGACUGACGUAAACGUACCUUGAAGACUAAUGAACAUCUUAAAGGACGGUAAAUAAAUAGAAAUAUAUAACCUCAAUCGAUCCCUACCAUUUAGACAACUGUACCAGAGCCUGACAGUUGGACAAAAGAAGAAAGGACUAUGUUAGUCAUUAGUUGGUCAGUCUUUAAAGAAUGGAAAAGUAUUCUUUUUUAAAGUAAAACCUGUAAAAAAGAACUAUUAUUCAACAUACAAGUUACAGUUCUAAGAAAUGUUUGUAGAUUUUAUGAAUAAGUUUAUUAUAUAUACUCGCAGUUUCCUUUAUUAUAUGUCCCACUUCAGAACAUGGCCUCCUUCUUGUCCAUGGCCGAGGCGAAUAUGGAGUUUGAGAAAAAAACAUAUUUUCUUUUCGUCCUUUAAUAUAGUCCCACCAACUUUUUUGACCUAGUGGCCAAAACUGGAACUACCGUCGCUGUGAUCGCUAUUUUGCUAAACAUUAUAUUAAAAGCCACCCUCACCAGGAAAGUUAAGUUUGUGGUACUACAAUUAAAAGUAAAAGUCAAUACUAGACACAAACAGAUAUGUAAAUAGACAAGUGUUUGGCGUGCCAUUUGCAAGUCAAAAGAUAUACGAUUUCGAUAUCCCAACACACUAUUUUCAGCUAAUUGGUUACUUUUAAUUUGCUACAACUUGAGACUGCAAUUUCUUGCUUGAAAUAUAUUUUUUUCUAUAAAAACAUGAAAAUCAAAAGUACCUGUUAAUUGACAAUUUUUAUUUUAUUUUGCUUGGAGAUUGUUGAAAAAGCGACUCCGAUCAUGCCACUAAGAAUCGAGUUGCAUUGGCAGAGUUUUUUAUAGAGUCCACGUAUAAAUUGUUCAUUUUUAUUAUAUGCGAUGGAUGCUUCUAUAUGUCUAUUUACUCUGUCUCUCUAUUUACUUGUCUACGGUGAGACAAGCAUAAGUGCGACUGUGCAAGAUAAUCAGGAAAGCAAACUGUAGCUAUAUAAAGUUAUUGUACGCGAACUGUAUUUAUUACAUUUUUAAUAUUUAUUAGAUUGUGAUCGCAAAACUACCCCCCUGACGGUCAAUGUGUUGUUUUAACAUUUUUUACAUCAAUGAAAUACGUAUAAUGUUUUUUAAUUAUUUUUAUUUGUUGGAAAUUAUUUUUUUUUAUAGGAAAAUCAAUAUGAGCCAUUUUUAAAUAUGAAGUUGAAGCUUUUAAAUAUUUUUUUUUAAUCAAAUAUGUUUGUCUCGAUUUGUAAUAUAUGGCUUUUAAUGUGUUCAGACUGUACUUGCAAAAACAUGCACAGACGCCGUUGUUUAUAAUUUACGCUUAUUUAACUCCAGCGCAGGUGCAUAUGCUUAUAAAAGAUUAUAAUUUACGCUGUGAAGACAGAAAACCAUUUCUAUGGUUCUCGUCGAUAUACAUCAUCGUCGAUUGCAAAGAGCCGAAUGUUUGCGAUUUUCUUUUUUUUGCUUUUUUGAUUACUUUACGCUUAUGUACCUGCGCAGGAGUUUCGUUUUUCUUUAUAAUCAGGCAAAAAUAUACCUACCAGCUAAUGAUAACGCGCGUUUAUUUCUCUAUUGGUUGUUGCUUACGGCGCCAUGUUCCAAAUCCGCUGCGUCACAAUAGUAGGGGAGCCCGGGAUGCUAAAUUUGCAAAUACUCUAACGUCAAGGGGACCGAUAUCAUUUGGUAGAUUAAAUUAUAGGAAAAAUAAAUGGUUAUUCUUAUUUACUUUUUUCGCUUUUAGAGGUGGAAAAAUACAACACAUUUUAAAAGCAAUUUUAGCUAUUAAUUAGGAGGUUAUUUCCUUCAAAAUAAGUAAAAAAAUAAUAGCGCUCGUAACUCGAGAACUAAAAUAUAAGGGUUUUAUUUUGUAACUUUGAAAAACUCCCAUUCCAUUACGUUACGCUCAAAUCGUCAGAUUUUCGAAAUGUGGAGUUUGUAGCUAUCAAAUCACCUACCUUAUCUUAAUAUGACGUGCUGAUUGAGUAUUUCUGAAGUUAGUUUUUGUUUAAGUUUCCAUAAACGUACCCACCAAUAUUAAGGGCUCAUACUUGGUGGAGGUACUCAACAACGUGCUAGGUAUAGUCCUUCAUGUUUACCUGUCUCUCUCGAGAAAUUGCAACAAUCCCCUCUUUGCUCCCCUACUACAAUGUCAAGGCAAGAAUGCAAGAGUGUAUAUUGUUGGUGUAUUUAAAAUCUUAUCGGAAACUAAGAAGGCCUAAGUUUAAUGGGGAUGAUGACUAGGUUUGAAUAUAUUGAUUUUUAUGAUACAUUCGGGUAAAUAGGGUCAAUGUUAACUAAUUUAUACAUAAAAAGCAAAUAUUGUCUGGAUAUUUGCAAAAUAAAUGAGAUUAUAAAAUUUCAAAAACUAUUAAAUUUUUUUUAUCGUAAUUAGAUGAAAAUUCAUACAGUUUUAGCUUCCUUACAUUAAAUGUGACAUUUUUCAAUAUAUGAACUAUAAAGAUAAACGCACAAAUAACAAAGAUAUUAGUAAUUUUGUUUGAACGCGCAUACAAAUCUAACGAUCAUUACAUUGCCUAUGACGUCAUUUUUUCGAGCCAUUUUGUAUGGGGCGUUUUUCAGGGAUCCGCGGCAGCGCCGCAAAUCUGAUUCUUUAAAUCCCUGUAGCUCCGAAAGUAAUGAUCGCAGAUACCCUGUUCCUUUUACAAAAUUGCUUUACUAUUAGUAUACUCUUAAUUUAUAUACAAUUUAAAAAAACUGUCAUCAUUCCUAUUGAUGGUAAUUCAGUAUGUUUCGUUAGGUUGCUAUUCUGUGACAAAAGUGGUAGGACUGUGCAUGUUUUUGUUUUUACUGUAAUUUGUAAAUAGGUAAUAAUAAAUCAUUGUAUUAGGAUUGAUGUUUACGGUGCUUCAAUUAAAAAUACGAAUGUUGUUAAAAUUUUAUUGUAAAUAUACGAAAUUUUCGUUUGUAUAGCAAUGAUUACCUAUUGUUUAAGAUAUUAUACAAUUUCAAUGCUC